AUGGCUGUCCCAGACUUCAACAUCCUUACCCCCAAUGCCAUGCUUGGCUAUGGCUAUCGUCUGGAGCACUUCUGGUAUGGCAUGAACAAAUACAAGCCAGCUGCAAUAAUUGUAGAUAGUGGCUCGACAGAUGGCGGACCGUACAAACUGGGCCUGAAUAAGAUGACUUGUGGCCGAGAAUCUUACAUCCGAGAUCUCACCCCCAUGUUGCAAGCGGUAUACUUUCGCAAAGUGAAACUUUUAAUUGGCUCUGUUGGCGGUGAUGGGAGCACGAAGCAUGUGAAGGAAAUGCUAGAUAUUGUGUUGGAAAUUGCACUCGAGCAUGGCUUCGACUUCAAAAUAGCAACCAUUGACGCUGGAAUAAGUCGCAACUUGAUCAAGUCGCGCAUUAAAGAAUCACAGGUUAGCCCCUGCGGACCGGUUGAGCCUUUGACUAUAGAGGCGGUUGAUUUGGCGGUGGAUGUUGUUGCACAGAUGGGAGCGGAACCCUAUCUUGAAGCCUUGAAAAGUGAUCCAGAUAUAGUUCUUGGUGGCCGAUCCUACGAUCCUGCCCCUUAUGCUGCAUUUUGCCUUUCCAAAGGGGUUUCUACGGGCGUGGCGUGGCACAUGGGGAAAAUUAUGGAAUGCGGUGGUAUUUGCGCUAUUCCUAAAGGUCGAUCCAUGAUUGCCACCAUGCGUGAGGACUCUUUUGAUUUGACUCCACUAUCGCCAUUAGAGCGUUGCACGCCGUUAUCCGUUGCCUCACAUACACUUUACGAGAAAACAAGACCGGAUAGAUUGCCCGGACCAGGAGGCAUUCUCACCCUUGAUGACGCUCAAUAUGUACAGCUCACAGAAAAGACGGUCAGGGUUAGUGGAGCGGUCUUUGAAGAAUCUAGCACAUAUCAAAUUAAGCUUGAGGGAGUUCAGCACCUUGGAUACCGUACAAUCUUCAUCGGAGGCAUUCGGGAUCCCAUUCUUAUCAACCAAAUCGACAACUUUCUUGCCGAGAUUCGCGAGUACACCCAAGGUCUCUUUCCCUCCCUUGAUAAAUCAGAGGAUUGCCGCCUAAUCUACCACAUUUAUGGGAAAGAUGGUGUUAUGGGACCUCUUGAGCCUACCCCUACGCCCGGACACGAAAUUGGCAUCCUGGGUGAAGUUGUCGCUCCUACGCAAGAUCUCUCCUACACGAUUGCAAAUAAUGCGAGAGCCUCAAUUUUACACUGGCCCUACAAAGGACAACUUGCAACUACCGGCAAUUUUGCUUCUCCUCUGUCUCCCCAUGAGCAAGCAGCUGGGCCAGUUUUCAAGUUUAGUCUUUACCACUUGGUGAAUUUGGUGCCGGGAGAGCAAGUAUCGCUAUUCCCAGUGUCUUUCCAUAAUAUUGGCACAAAGACUCCUCUGAGUGAGCCGAUAUUUCUCUCCAACGAAGUCUUCAGCACGAUAGAGAAAACUACGUUGACAGCAUUAGUUCAUAAAGUUGUCCCGCAACAAUGUGCACGAAUGCAGGACAUCUCUAAGAUCGUGAGAUCGAAAAAUUCGGGACCAUUCGAAAUGACUUUCGAUAUUAUGUUUGACGAUACGGAAACGUAUGAGAGAGUCAAAAGCGCCGAGCUUUUGACCAACGCCACGAUCAAGAAACUCUAUCGCGUUAAAGAUUCCGACAUCAUUGCAAAUAUGUACUUUAAACCAGCCCUCGCAUGGAAAUGUACCAUCAAAAGACCUUAUGCCCAGGGCUCUGUCGGCGAACUUGAUACCCUUGGAACCCAGCAACACGCACCUCUUCUGAAUAUUGUGGUUCCAGCAGCAAAAAGUCAUUCGGCCAGUGGCAUAGCAGGUCAAGCAGUACCUAAUGAGACUAACUCAAAUCAUGCGGCACAAGCCAAGUCUCUGUCUGCCAUACCGGACCGAUCUCAAUUCCGCCCUUUCGAUAGUGUUUCGCACAUUUGGUCUGGCCUUGAUCUUCCCAAGUCGGCUCUAGAAUCUUUGAACCUUACAGGAAGUGGCCUUGGCUUGCCAUCCUCUUUCAAGAUUGCCCAUAUUGCUCAAUCCUCUAUCGCUCUCUCAGCACUGACAGCGGCACUAGUGCACUCCGUACGCAACUCCUUCGAAGUGCCUCGUGUCACCGUUCCUCUUCAACACGCAGUCACAGAAUUCAAAUCUGAGAGACUCUAUGUUCUAGAUGGGAAGCCUGCGCCAUCGCCGUGGGGUCCCAUUGGUGGCCUGCACAAAACAUCGGACGGGUACGUGCGCGUCCACGAUUCGUUCCCCAACCAUCAGCAAGGCGCCUUGGCCCUACUGGGUUGCGAGCAAAAUGCGACGCGUGAAGAUUUAGCCGUUGCAGCGACGAAAUGGGCAUCAAUCGAUCUCGAGCGGGAAGCAUUUUCUAGUAAGCUUGUCAUCUCUGCGCUCCGAAGUUAUGCUCAGUGGGACGUUCUGCCUGCCGCCCGCGCAAUUCCAAAUUUCCCGAUAAGCGUCCGCCAGAUUCAUCCAGGGCCUCCAGGUCUUCCUAAACGCCUUCGUUCCGGCAACGAUCGUGCUCUCCGUGGCCUACGUGUAUUGGAAUUGUCGAGGGUUAUUGCGGCGCCACUUGCAGGCAAAACACUUGCAGCACACGGCGCCGAUGUCUUGUGGGUUACCGCGCCUCAUCUGCCUGAUCUUCCAACAAUGGAUCGAGACUUUGCGCGAGGUAAGCGAACAACGCAGCUUGAUCUGAGGUCCGAAUCUGAUCGGUCAACCCUUCGUGAGUUGGCGAAAGAGACGGAUGUUUUCAUCCAAGGCUAUAGGCCUGGCAGUGUCGCCGCCCGAGGCUUUGGUCCUUCAGAAGUCGCUGCUUUGGGUCAGGGGGUCGUAUAUGCGAAUAUGUCCGCAUACGGGACCGAAGGCCCGUGGUCUGGGAACCGUGGAUUUGAUAGCCUUGUCCAAACUUGCUCUGGAAUGAACGUCUCUGAAGCUGAGCAUUACGGAGAAGGUGAGCCAGCGCGACCAACACCUUGCCAGGCUCUUGAUCACGCUGCAGGUUAUUUCCUGGCAGCAGGCAUCAAUGCGGCCCUCUAUAAGAAGGCGGCAAUCGGAGGAAGCUGGGAGGUCAAUGUGAGUUUAGCUGGGACCAUGAAGUACUUGCGAUCAUUGGGACAAUUCCCUGGGAAGGAAGGCUUUGCGGUUAAGGACAUCACCGUGUCGGAGCAGAUCCCAGAGUAUCUCGAAACGCAGAUGUCAGGGUUCGGUGAGCUGAAAGCUGUACGUCACUCCGCUCAAGUUGAAAGGGCGAUGCCUGGUUGGGACAUCAUGCCCAAGCCGCUGGGGAGCGAUAAGGCCGAAUGGAUUUGA